UUCAUUCAUCUAUCAAUGGCGAAGCGAGCAAGGAAGGACAGCGAGCCCGGGACCAUCGCAAGAAAGGUCCCUACGAUACCAGCACCUCCAUCAUCUUCGCAGCCAGCUGGUGUACCGUCGGCAUUCAGAGUGAUGAUCGGAGGGAAAAUGUACGGCAUUGCUCCCAUAAAGCCAAGCAUCACAGCUAGUACACACAAGGAUGUGGGUACGGCUACGGCACCUAUCGAGAUCAACGACGACGACGACGACGAGGAGGAAGAUGAGCACGGCACGGGAAUCAUUUCUGAAGCGACAGGCCGAACAGAGUCUGAUCAAGUGCCGCACUUUGAGCCCGAGAGCCCAGUGCCGAUGCCAACGGCUGGCUCGCGGUUGUCAGACACUCGCGGCACAGUCCAAAGCGCCGCCAACUUUGGCGUAGAACGAGUACUCGAAGACAUGCUGAAUGGAGCUACCACCACGCCUCUGUCUCGCGUGGUCACGAAUGCUGGCCUGCUCGUCCUGCCAAUACGAGCAAAGCCUGGAACGGCCACGAGGACGAUCACCGACACCACCUUGCCAUACAGACUUCCACACCAUUACAUGUUAGCAGGAGGCUCGAUUGACAACCCACAGAAUGUAGUGGCGUGCCUUGGCUGUUGCGUGGAAAUGCUGCAAAGCGAGGAUGAGAGCCACAUGAGCCAGUCGCCUGGCUGUCGGCCAUGCAGCAUAGCUCCUAUUUGCGCCGGCUGUGGGCACAGAGGUCUCACUUGCGACACCAACGACAUGGCAUGGGCAGAGCCUUUCUGCAGCGGCGACCUUGUAACCAUGACUGACGAUGACCUAGAAGCCAUGUUGCUAGGGAGUGGCAAGGUCAAGGGAAUUCAAGGAUACCCAGCCGCAACGAUACGACACGCGCUCGAGAAGCGGCGACAGAUGCGAGCUCCUCUUGUGCGGAACACAGAAGCCGUCGGUGUGGAUGCGGCAUCCAUCGUUGCUUUAUGCGCGCAGACUACGGACUACCAAGCCCUCAACGCCGACACGCUCAUGGCUCUGGCCCAGUGGACGAAUACUGCCCAUGUUGAACACAGUCUAGCGCCGCUGCAGAAUUCCGGAAUGACACGUCGAGAGUGGGAGCGUACCCUGCGCACAGCGUUUCCUCGGGAGAAGUGGCCAGAAGACGCAGCUUUUGGCAGCCUUGCAGACAGCCCUGCGGGCAGCCCUAAAGAUGAACGAAGCCUGACUGGGCAAAAGCUGCGGUUUAUUGUGCGGAGGAAGGGUGUCCAUCGCGCGCGAGAAUGGCAUGCUCUAUUCGGUGCACAUUGUCAUCUCACGAUGGCGUUCACGAACGGCUUCGCCCCAUUGCCUGCUGAGACUGUACAGCAUAUCGGAAACUCGUCCACGCGCAAUAUUCAAGCGGUCGGCUGCUUGAUGCGGACUAGCAGCGGCGAUCGAUCUAAUGACAUCGCUUUCGAGGCCUACGGAGAAGAGAAUCUGGUCCUGAUUGAACGUUUCGAACAGGGUAACUUGGUGAAUUACUCGCCAUUCAAGGUCACGCCUCAGCGGUUAGACAGGAAAGAGACCGAUGCCAUCGCAUUCAUCCUGUCGGACCGCCAAAGCCCUGGAGAUCGCGAAUGUGUAUUGGGUAUGAACAGGCUUCGGAUUGCAUACCCGCGUGAUCAAGUCAUCCAUUUGAACCUGAUUGUUAGUGGUCCCGAUGGAUUAACUGCCACACAGGACCAGUAUGCUCGCUGGGCGUCGUACUGGGAGACUCAGGGCGUGUUCGUGACAUUGUACAUCUACCAGAAAGUUGUUCGACCUGAGAUCAUGGCUACGGUAUUUUUCCGCAGAUAUAUGAGAUGGAGUGCACGGAUGGAUGGUUAUCUUUCAGAGCCGAUUGUCAACGCCGCAAGCGUAGGAGCGAGAGAUCCCGAUUCGGUGGAGUUUUACCAGAAGGUGCAUGACUUCUGGGACCUCAACAACAUGUUAGCGCAAGGGAAGCACAAUUGUGGUCGGCGGGUGGAAUUCGAAGAUCUUCCAGAGGCAUAAGUGCUGAACGCAGACCGCAAUAUUGUGUGAGGAUCGCGAGUAAUAAUCUGUCAGUGAAGUGCGGAUGUACGAGCAAUGGUGGCCAGGCGGAAC